GGUGAUAUGCAGCGGGGGUGGUACUACACUAUAGGAAUUGCUCUACAAACCCCGCUAUACUCUAAGUGACUAAGGUACGAUUAGAUAAGAUCGGCAUGAGGGGCAGCCGUGGUAACUCAGCCCGAGUUUGAAAACAGAUGCUAUCGAUGGAAAGGAGAAGAAUUGUGGUUCCGCAUUACAGACUAUCCUAGUAAUUGCGACUUCCCCCCGGCUAGAACAAUUCAUCGAAGCAUAGAGCUAUGGACGACGAACCCCGCUCCCUCAGGGCCCUAUUCGCCGAUGCGGAAUCAAAGCGCGUUACCCUGGAGCAAACCCCGUUCAACCCCAACUCUUCAGAGUACACUGACACCGUUUCCUCGGCGGUGAAACUGUACCAAGACUGCCUUGGCCUGAUCAGCGCGCUUUCCGUCUUUAGUCCAAAUGAAUCCCUCGAGGACAUAGCAACCGCGGACCUGCCAUUUCUCCUCGCAAACUUCCACCUCGCCGAACUUACCCAAAAGCUGCCCUCCUCGUCGCCGCAGGAGCGCAAGCGCAUACUAUCAGCAGCCCGCGACGCCUAUGAGCGCUACCUUCACCUACUCGACAGCUAUGGUCUGCUACCAGCCAAGUACAAGAAGCUCCUCGAGCAGUACACCGACUCGCCCACCACCUUCAGCAUGACCUCGACCUCAGACCCGGCCGCGCGGCGCGAUGCCAAGAUCGCAAACUUCCGAGCCGAAAAGGAGCUCCGCUCAAGACUCGAAUUCCUGCGCGGCAGGCCAGAGUACGGAGCCGAAGGCGAGAGCGGGGACGAGGACGCCGUGCGGGAAGUGCACCUCGCGCACGCCGAGUACAGCACGCACAUGGCCUUCCAGGCGCUCGAGGCCCUGAACCGGGAGUGGGAGAUCUUGGCGCUCGCACCACCACCCGAGCCGCCCUCACGAGGGGGUCCCAAUCCACAAGAGCUAGAAGACGCGCGCCGGCGACAGCGGCCCACGGCUGGCGGGUUAGGUGACAACAACGACUACAGCGACCGGCUCGACCAGCCGCUGCGCGCUGCCACCAACCUGCCCGGCGGGCCGCUGUUGUCCAAGCAAGGGAAGCCGCUGCAGCCGUUCACCUUAGUGAACACCAGGCAGGAGCUGGCCAAGGGGGUGUUCCGGCCGGGCCACAACCUGCCGACCAUGACGAUCGACGAGUAUCUGGAGGAGGAGAGGCGGCGGGGUGGCAUCAUUGAGGGUGGCGGCGAGGCGAGCUGGCACAGACCCGAGCCGGACGAGGAUGAUAUUGAGAAGGCGGACGCCGAGACGAUGAAGGCGAGGGAGUGGGAUGAGUUUGUCGAGGCGAAUCCCAGGGGCAGCGGGAAUACGCUGAAUAGGGGGUAGGGGUGGGUGCACACGAAGUAUGAAGCACCGCCUUCCCGUCCUUGUACAUACAUACAGAUUACACCACCAGACGACGCUGCG